AUGUCCAGUGCGAGCGCCGGGCCAUCGCGCCCUGGUCCACGCGCCGCCGCCGCCGCCCCGAGCCAGGCUCCCCCUCCCACCGGAUACCGCCCACCGACACGCAGCCUCAAGCAGCCCAUGACGCUUGGUGUGACUGAGCGGCCGAUGCCUGGGCAAGUUGCGGCGGCGGCGGGAGUGAGCGACGCUGCAGCGCUGCGGACUGCGCUGGAGCGGCGCGCGACGGCGGCGCGGCGGGCGGAGAAGUGGAUGGACAAGGCGAUGGAGGAGGUGUUGAACCGCGACGAGUUCCAGAAGGCCCUCUCAUACAUGCACGCUGCGCAGUACACCGAGGUCCAGCACGAACGCCACCUCAACGGCCUGUGCUCGUACCCUCUGUGCGGCAACCCUCCUGCGGCGGCGUACCGCUCCGCCAAGCGGUUCGUCGUCUCGACCGCCAAGCGGACCAUCACCGAGACGGACGGCAACGCCGACGAAGGGUUUUGCUCGCGGCGGUGUGCCGCGCGCGCACACUAUGUCGCUGCGGGGCUCGGGACCGAGGCGACGUGGCUGCGUGGGACGGGCGCACGCGUGCAGCUGCUGGAGGAGAGGGAGGAGCGCGGGGAUGUGCGCUGGGCCGGCCGGCGGGGCGAUGUGCUCGAGUGGGUCAAACCCGAGGCCGCCGCCGUCGGCAACAAGACGUCUGUCCCGAAACCCAGUGCCGUGGCGGCUGGAGCGGCGCGGUCGGCACCACCACCACCGCCGCCGCCGCCCGUGGCCUCGGAGGCACAGCUGCCGCCACCACUCGGCAGCACCGCGCCGGCAGCGUCCACUUGUGGGAACGGCACUGCGGCCCGCGAGCAGCGCGACACAGGUGCAGCGGGGACGUCAACCGGGGCGGGGGAAGUGGCCUCGCGUGUCUCCGACUCGACCAUUCAGACAACACCAGCGAGCACGAGUGCCACGCCUGCCGCGCCCACAGCAACCAUCCCUCCCAGCGCUCCCACCACCACCGCCCGACCCCUGGCAACCCCGAGUCCGCCCCUCCCGAACGUGGACGGCAUGAGCGGGCUGAUCGCCGCGCUGUCCAUCGUCGAGCGCGAGACGCCGCGUGCCAAGCCACAGCCGCCAUCCAAGGCAUCGACGUACGUCGAGCAGGGCCGGAUCGUCGGCGGCGGCCAGCUGGACCCGCAGCCCGCGCCCGCCCCGCAGCCCACGGCGGGAACGACCGCCGCCGCCGCGCAGACCCGGCGGCAGGGCUCGUCCAUGCUCUCGGCCAAGAGCCAGACGCUCGCGUCCGUCGUCCUCGCUGCGGCCAAGACGGUGACGGUCCCCGUGGGCGAGGACGAGAGCGACGCGAGCGAGGAGGAGGAGGACUGGGCGCGCGAGAUGGGCUGGGGCGAGGGGGAGGAUGUGGACCGGCUCUUUGAGGAGGCGCGGCUCGCGCGGGAGAUGGGUGCGGAGGAGCAAGGGCAGGGGUAG